AUGGCCCUAGAUCCUAUUUUGGAGGCAGUAAACAUUACCAGCUUCAAAAAGGUUUCACGAUCAGAACAAGCCGUGGGUAUCAUACACAAAGCAAUGGAGAAUGUUAAGUCCCACGAGGUCAGACGGAAGACAGGAUGUAGAAUUGCUACGAUCGCGCCAGAUGAGAUGGACAUCAGCCUUGUUGGGAAAUAA